CUGAGCCCUGGGGGCGGCCGGGCAAGGUUGCUUCUCUCUGCAGAAAUGUUGCUCCCCGAGUGCCUGAUACUGUCGUCCCUAGUGUUGGGAGUCCAGUUACAUCUGUACCAGCCUCAGCGGUUCCUGUUUGUGGAAGUCGGUGGGACAGCAGAGAUCCACUGCUCCUCCAGCAAAGAUUUGGAAGGGGGAGCAAAUGUGCACUGGUAUCUGAGAAGGGCGGGUGAGGCCCCAACUCACAUGAAGGACUGUGUGGAUGGUACAAAUGGGAACAAAUUUGCUUGCAAGCAUCAGAGUCGUAGCACAACACUGGAAAUCUGGGACAUCCAAAGGAAGCAGUCUGGCAUUUAUUACUGUGCAUUUGCAGCCCUCAGCAUCUUGACUUUUGGGAAUGGAACCGCGGUGAUUGUUGGAGACAGCUUCACCCACAGCAGCUCCGUGCUGCUCCUGGGCCCCGUUGCAGGGGAGAACGGAGCCACGGAGCCUGCACAUCUGGCCUGUGUGAUCUGGGGCGUCUCUAACCUUGUCCAGGUGUCCUGGCGUGUUCCUGGUGAAGAGCCAGCCCAGGGGCUGCCACACUCACUGGAAGUCAGUGCUGGGUCCUUAACACUCAUCCAUCACAUCAGUGUCCCCUGGGCCAGCUGGGCUAGUGGGGUGGCAGUCACCUGCGAGGUCACAUUCAACUCAUCUGGCAGCAGUGUUACCAGACACGCCGUGUAUUCUGCAUCUCCCUCCGCACCCUGCGUCAUACUUCCUGUUGUGGCAGCAGGCAGUGCCCUGCUGCUGGUCACGGUGCCCCUGAGUCUCAUCUGGAUCCACUGCCCUCCCAGAUGGGGAUCCUGGUCCAGGGAACCAGCACCUUGCAUCUCCCAGCAGAAUGAGGAAAAUGGAGAAGCAGUCUACACUGAGCUGAGCACUCAGCAUCAGGAGACGUACGAAAAUCUUAAGUGGAACUAUAAUUAG